AUGAGUGAGGAGGAUGCAGAUGUUGUUCAAGUUAGGCCGUGUGAAGAUGUAGUUGUUCCUAGAAGAAAUGUGCGGCCAGAUCAUGAUAUCAGUUUUGCCAGAAAAAUUGCUUAUGGGGUUGGACAUUUUUAUAAUGAUUUAUGCGCCAGUAUGUGGUUUACGUAUCUGAUGAUCUAUAUGGAAAAAGUUUUGAAGCUACAAAGCAGUCGAGCCGGGAUGCUAAUGCUCAUAGGACAGGUGACAGACGCUAUUUCCACUCCACUGGUGGGAAUAUUCAGUGAUUCCAGUAUUUUACCGACAUGUUUUGAUAAAAUUGGGAGGAGAAUUUCAUGGCAUCUUAUUGGAACCAUAUUGGUGUCUAUCUCGUUCCCGAUGAUUUUCAAUAGGUGCUUCCUAUGUAGAAGUGAUACGUCGGAGUGGUAUGAAAUGCUGUGGUUUGUUCCAUUUAUCAUGGUUUUUCAAUUUGGAUGGGCUUCUGUGCAGAUUUCCCAUCUUGCCCUCAUCCCAGAACUAUCGUCUGUUCCAUCCAGCAGAUCUACUAUGAACUCGUUAAGAUACGCAUUCACAGUUAUUGCAAACCUAUCCGUCUAUUUUGUGCUAGCCUGGCUACUGUCGGAAUCUACCGGACAUUCUGGAAUUGGCCCGUGGGAUUUGGGACAUUUUAGGUUAUCCGGCUGGCUAGUGGUGAUUCUUGGAAUAACAGUUUCUUUUGUGUUCUACGCAUUUACCAGAGAGCCAACAAACCAAAGAAGGAUCAGUCGUUUAAACUCAUUUUCAUCGGAAGCUAGUGAAUUGGCUCGCAUGCAUUGGACCAGUUGGUUUGGUUAUGUUCAAUUCUAUCAGAUUGCCCUUCUCUAUAUGCUCUCUCGUUUGUAUAUAAACAUCUCUCAAGUUUAUUUCCCGUUUUAUAUCACGAUGACUCAAAAUUACGAAAAAAAAUAUGUCGCUAUUCUUCCAAUGGUCUCCUACCUCUCAUCAUUCAGCGUCUCAAUGAUCAAUAGUACUCCGGUUGUGAGCAAACUCUCCAAAAAGAUACUCUACACAUUUGGGUUAGUAGCUGGACUGAUGUCAUGUGCUACAAUGUGGCUCGACCUACCAGGAUGGCGAAUUUACGGCUUGGCAGUAGGAAUUGGAAUAGCACAAGCAAUUUUGCUGAUAACCUCGCUAUCAAUCACAGCUGAUUUAAUCAACAAAAAUACAGAAAGCGGCGCCUUUGUCUACGGAGCGAUGAGCUUUUUCGACAAACUCUCAAACGGAAUCGCUUAUCAAAUUAUCGAAUUGUGGACCCCCGCCUACGAUGCUCUCAAACCACAUCAAGCGAGUGCCAUUUUUUAUCGACGAGUGAUGGUAUUCGUACCCGGAACAUGCUUGGUCCUUGCCUUUCUGGUUCUCUUAUCACUGGCACCAUUCAAGAUUGGCGAUAGGAGACGAGCACGUCCUGUUCGAGAUGAUGAACAAGCUAUUCUGGAUGACCAGGAUGACUUGUAUCCGGAGAUCACAGCUUGA